AUGCGCUUACAUCCGACCGACGACUUGGACGGCUCGUCCGAUCGCCGUCCUACGCUUAGCGCCCGUCUGCGUCUCUCGAAAUCUCACAGGCGGUUGGUUAUCAUUCUCGUUAUCCUCUUUCUUUUACUGCCAAAAUAUGUGUUCAAUAUUGCCAGAGUCACCAAAGUCAAAGAGCACCCGGCAUCCAACCCGGGAUUAUCGCCAGAGGCAAAUCCGGCGCCCAUUCUCGCCUCGGUGGCCGCAGGGGACAGUAUAGCGUCACAUUAUUUGCCCAAUGCCGUGCUACAUGCAGAGCGAAAAGCUCUCGUCUCUUCCAACGGCAAAUGGCGAGUGCAUCUUACCGAUGACAGCGAGCUCAUCUUGGAGACGGAUCGGGAUGGAACAUGGAGCCCGGUCUGGUGGACGAAUAGCAGGAGAUACAGGAGAAAAGACUCGGCACCAGAGACCUCCUACAUGACCAUAGAUGCAGGCGGCGCGGUCCAGAUCCUCGCCAGGACCAUGGAUGGGGAUAGACAUGCCGCAACCGACCGACGCUGGGACUCUGUGCUUUCGGGCCGCUGCUUGCCCGUCGAGGGGGAUGCAAUGCUGCUGGCGGCUCCGGGGCCGCAAUCACUGGCACUCGAUAAUCACGGUCGGCUGCUUGUCUUUGACGGAGAGUCAAAGCUGGCAUGUCUCUUGUAUGACGACACAUUUGACCAAUCUCCGACUCUACACCAAACAGUGAAUUUGACAAUCGCCGAAGAGGAGCAGCCGGAUCCCGAGCAAAACAGGUGGCCCAUGUUCAAAAAUUCCGACAAGUUAUCCAGUCUCCAGCUUCGAGCAAUGCUGGAGGCCGAUCUAGCCAAAACCAACGAAUCCCUCAAGCUAAGCAGGAAACAGCUCGAAACUGUUUUCAAUACCGCCAUCGUCCUGCCAUCCUUUCACGGCCACUUCGAAUUCUGCAUCAAAUUCCUACGAUCCAUGAUACGACACUGCGUGGAUUGCCACCUGUGGCAAAUUAACCUGGUUCUUGUAAGCGAAGAUGUGGAGCAAUUCAGCGAGGAGCUUUUUGGGGCUGGUAAAGAGAGCAUCGGGUAUUAUCUGCCCGGUCUCCGGAUUAUCGAAUACGAAUCACUGCCUUUUGACUAUUACAGCCCCGAGAUGGACGUGGCUUCCAUAACAAAGAGCAUGGAUAAAUUCUUGCUCCAGAAUUUCAAGAAGAUGUAUGGCUGUCUGGCUACCGGCAGGCGUUACUGCUUUAUACUAGACUCGGAAGGCAUCAUGUUGCGGACAACGCGGCUUGCCGAUAUCGUGAGGGAGUUUCUCGACCAGCCUUUUGCCAUCCACACCCCUGAGAGUCGGAACGGGAGCAGCCAUCCCAUCGGUUGGUCCACGCCUUGCGCGGAUAUGCUCCGAGUCGACAACUUCUCUUCGGCCGGCUGGUUGCUGGAAUAUUACAUGUGGGUCUUUGACUCUCGAGUAUACGCCGAGAUUGCUCGCAUCUACGCGCAGUCUUGGCCGCAGCUCGAGGGGAAUCCCCAAGAGGUCUUUUUCGAGGUGUGCUAUUUUGCCUAUAUAUGGGCGGAGAAAGGCCCAGUCCAAGGACCCGCGUACCGCUUCAUCACCUCGAAGCAGCUUCUAGGUCAACGUUUGUGGAACUUGAUGUGGCCCCGAUACGUCUAUGAGACGGGUGCGGAUCCCAAUGAGCGGGUGAAUGGCCUGUCUAUUAUCGAGGACGUGAGAGAGUGGCUGGCCCGGUUCCCGAAUCUUCUUAUCCCCGUGGCUGAGGCCUGGGAGCGAAACCAUAUGCGCUUAUUCAAAGCUGGCCAGGACUGGUGGCAGGCCAUGGCAUUCCUCAGCGUUGCCAAGAGCGUCCGCAUGUGCGUCAGCGAACAGCCGAGAGACCUGUAUGAGGCUGCCAUAUGGGGUCAUUUCAAUCUAGAGUGA